AUGGUCGAUAUUCUCUUAAGGCUUCAUGUGAAGACAAUCAUCCAUUGCAAUUUUGUAUGCAAGAAGUGGUUGUAUCUCGUUUCUAACUCUUACUUUGCCAAUCUUCACCUGUCUAGAUCACUUACAAGCCUCAUGAGCAUGUUGAAGUGGGUGGAGAUCAAGGAAGAAUGUGGCAACCCGAAACUUUCACCUGACUCUGAAAUACACACAUUGGGCUUAGUCGAUGGUUUGCUCUGCCUGUGGCAGGUUGGCCAUAGUAUCAUUUACAUAUGCAAUCCAAUCACUAGAGAAUAUAUCAUCUUCCCUAGGAAACAUUACUAUAGACAAGGUUUAAAAGAUGGAACUAUUUUGAUGGCGUCCUAUAAAGACAAAGUAUUUGCUUACUGUCCUCAUAGGAAAACAAUUGUAGACAUGGAAAUAUUUGACCGCUACUUCAACGGAUUGCCUUAUCGUCCUAGUUUUCAUAGACUACACAACUUUGAAAAUGAAAGAGUUCGUUUCUUUUAA